AAGGUAUGGAAGAUAGGAAUGGAUGCUUGAAGGGAUUAGACUUAGGCUUAGAGAUGGUGUUACAUAAACCUUUCAAAAUUUCCACUUAAAACACUAAAAACCCACCUUCCAUAGACCCAUGAGUGAACCCAUGAAGAAAAGAAUGAAAAAAGAAGAGGGCAAAGAAGAGAUUUUAGAGAACACAGCUGGGAUUUCAGGGAAGGAAAGAGCCAAACUUCACAGAGAACGCAAGAAGAAAUAUUAUCAGAGUCUUGAGAAAGAGAAUGCGACUAUGAAGAUAGAGAUAAAAGAACUGAAGGAGAGACUUGAGGUGUAUGAGAAAGAGACUUUGAGACCGAAGAGUAUUCAGAAUGAUGACUUGGUUGAUAGGAUUAGUAUGGUUUCGAGACUGAGUCAGUCUGAGACAGCCAAGCUUGAGAAAUUACAUAAAGAAGAUCAAUAUGCACUGAAGUCUCUGCCUAAAAUGUACAGGAAGGAUGAGAGUACUGUGAAAUAUUCUUCAAUCGAGAAUACUAAAGAUACAAGAGGAGCUUUUGGAAGUGAGAGAGUGGAGUUGUUGAGAGAACUAUUCAAAAGUUUUCUGGAGAAUAUUUUGCCACUCGAAAACAAAGGAGCGCUGUAUCUUUUUGAUAAAAUCCCAUUGGCCCGAUGAAUAAGAGCAAUGAAACAUGAUCGUAACAAGUUUGCAAAUGGAAAGACAAUCACUGGUAAUGAAAUUGUUGAUAAGAUCUUGAACACAAAAAUGUCCAAGAAUUUCCUUGAGUUCUCUAAAAAUCAUGGCAAGCGUCACCAGAAGUUAGUCAGCGAAAUUAGAAGGUUAGUAAAAUCACUAGUAAAGGUCCGAAAUAAGAUAUUCAAUUGUCUCAAUGAGUUGCAGAAUUUCAGGAUUAACAUGAAAAAUGCUGAAGAAGUGUCUUUCUCAAAAGAAGACCAGAUAAAGCUAUUUGAGAUGUUCAGCGAGCUCGAGAAAGAAGGAUGCUUUGACAUUCAUACUAUCUGGCAACUCGAGAAAAAACAAGGAGAAGAAUACCGUGAUGAAGCUGAGCUCUCAGAGUAAGACAAACAACAUGCUCUGGCUUUAAUAUCUGAAGUUCAACUUUGUCAA